AGGGCCAUGGACAAUCUGCUGCUGGUGACUGCUUGGCGGACAACAAAACGACAACUAGCGUUUAAAUCAGCAACUUCUUGAGUUAUAAAGGCUGUAUAUUAUUUCUCCUUCUGUCAGAUCGAAUACCAAAAACCAGCGGCGAUGAACAGCCAUUUUACCGGGACCGGGAAGCAGCUGGUGACAGAUUUCUACUAUAAUAACGGUUUCAGUGAGCUGAGCCUCGAGACCAAAAAGACCACGGUACAACAGCGGAAACAGCAUGAGGCGUCCGGUAAAGAUGCUGAGGAUGAGUCCCGGUUACCGGCACUCGAAGCAGCGUACAGCAGCAUCUUGCGGGGGCUCGGGGAGGACACGGACAGGCAGGGGCUCCUGAGGACGCCUCUAAGAGCCGCCAAGGCAAUGCAGUUCCUUACCAAGGGAUACCACGAGGACGUGUACGACAUCCUGAAUGAUGCCAUAUUUGACGAGGACCAUGACGAGAUAGUGAUAGUAAAAGACAUUGAAAUGUUCUCUCUUUGUGAACACCACCUUGUACCCUUUUUUGGCAGGGUACAUAUCGGAUACCUGCCAAAUAAGAAGGUGGUCGGGCUUAGCAAGCUGGCUAGGAUUGUUGAGAUGUACAGUCGGAGGCUCCAAGUCCAGGAGCGUCUGACCAAGCAGAUUGCCAUGGCGAUAUCAGAAGCUCUACAGCCAGCCGGUGUGGCUGUGGUUAUAGAGGCAGCGCACAUGUGUAUGGUGAUGCGUGGGGUUCAGAAGAUGAACAGUCGAACGGUGACCAGCUGCAUGUUGGGGGUGUUCAGAGAAGAUCCAAAGACUCGAGAAGAGUUCCUACGACUCACCAAGACUGCUUAGCAACCACCUCGGACCCCUGACCUCUAACCCCUGCCCUGACCCUGUAAAGCACAUGUUCUAGGGUAGAGUUCCUAAGACUACUCCACACACCUCACAGAAGCCUUAUAUACACACAAGGCAAUGCAAGCUCUCAAACCUGUGUGUGUGUGUGUGUGUGAAUUUCUGUCAGAGUGAGAGGCUAUAAUUAUGGUGCCUUCAGCUCACCUCAGCUAGAAAACCUGACCGUCUUAAAACAUGAUCUCUACUGUAUAGAAAGGUGUAUAUAAACACUAGUUAUAAGCACUGGAUAUGACUAGUUAAGACUGAGAUUUGUGGUGAUACUGGGAGCAGGAAAAUGCCCUACCUCUUACCUUUUUAAAUGCAACUCAUGAACCAGGUUUCCAUUCAACCUUUUUAUGUGAGUAAAGUACAUGUCGGAUAAAAAAAUGUCACAACAGA